AUGCUCCGUGAAGAAGCGGCCAUCACUGAUAGCCGUGACUCUGGAAGCAUCACAUAUCGAGGAAACAUCCGAGAGGGAGCAAAGAAUUGUUGGAUCUCUUUUCCUGGAAAGUAUGCUUCCGCUUGGAAAGCUUUGACGGAGGAGAACCAGGGAGACUCGGUGGCUUGUGUGUUCCUCUGCACGAAAGAAGACGGCCUCGGUGUGCAUCUGAAGGAUCCUCAAGAGCACGAGUGGGACAAAAGCAGUGGACCUCGAUAUGAGAUCGACGAGGAGUCCGGGAAGAUCAAGUUCAGACCUGAUGUUGUGAAGGACCCGAAGAAGCCAGUGGAGAAGUGCUACUGCCAUCGAAUCUAUGGAAAAAGGGGCUUCAAACAAUUUGGGUACUACCGGGAGCUGCGAAGGCCUUUCACCCCACAGAGGGUGCAAGAGGAGACUGCCACAGCCGAAGCGAUGAAUGCCGCAUGGGUCAAGGAAGAUGCUGAUCCGGCGGUGAAGGCGGCAACGAGGGAACGAGCCAGGGCCAUGUGGGAGGCACAUGGCGGCAUCGCAGCUUGGGGCUGCGCGUGGUUUGAAGUGUGGUUCGAUAGAGUCACAGAAGCGGUCUCCAAACACCAACGUCUCAAAGCAGUAUUCUUCCCGGGGCAGGAGGGUCAGGGAGUUGUACCCAUGGAUCAACUUCCGGAGGCAGACCUUUGGGAUGGGAUUGGCUGUGGAGGCUCGCAGAAAUCUGAGAUUGCCACAGUGAACCACAUGAGGGAGACUGAAGGCCCACGCUGGGACUACGACGAAGUCAGCGUUGCAAAGUUCUUACACAGUGAAUUUGCAGACGGCUCCGUGGUUGAGGGCUGGUGUGGGGAGGAAAAGGUGUGGAAGAGAGGCAUCUUAGAGCAUCAGGAGAUCGAGAUGCGGAAAGUACGACGGGAGGAAGAUGGGGUGACGCGCAUGGUGGAGGUUGCAGAUGUCGUCUUCGAUAUACACUGCGAAGGCGAGACUGGGAAGCUCAGAACCAAGGACAUCCGCCACGUGGGCCGGAUUAUGGAGGACAUGAUGCAAGAGUGCGGUUUGCAGAACGUGACGCAAUCUGCACGGGAGUGCUUGAAAGAUACGAAUAUAAAGCUGUCGGGGUGCAGUGUCGAUCAUUGGGCAUUGCGCCUGGACCUCCUCAUUCAAGACAUCCGCUCUCUUCAAGCCCUGCGUGAUCGAGUUUUAGAUGGCUCCUUCGAAAGGGAGCUGACGCAGAAGCUGGCUCCUGAUCAGACUCUUAGGGUGCACGUGGACAAGAGCCGGUUCUUUACGCUUUACGAAGAUAGCUUGCAAGGCCUGGAAGGUCUCACAGCUCAUCAGGCAGAGAAGCUGGAGGAGAUGGAAGGUGAGACGGACGUCCAUCUUUCUGCUCCGGCCGGGGCUGGGAAAACUUUUGUUGCGAUGCAGAGAGUACUGGAGGCUCUGGGUGGGCCCACCUCAGAUGCACAUGUCCUGUAUGUGGCACCCUCGAAGGCUCUUCUUUUGUUUUUCUUACGAUGGCUGGCCAUGCGCCUGACACCCCAAGAAGAUGCAGAUGGGCCCUCCAACUUUGAGAACUUUGAGAAUGCUGUGCAGAGGCUUUCCUUGCUUCACCAUCCAUACAAGAGCAUCACCUUGCCGGGGCUCCAGCAAGGUCGAAUCAUUCUGCGCCCCGGGAAGCUGGAGGCGGAGAAGAUGUUCCAUCUGGCCGUCUACGACGAGAGCCACAAGAUCUUCGGUCAGGAGGCCGUGGACAAGACUUUGCUGAAUCGCGUGAAUGCCUUGAGGCGGCUCUUUCUAUCUGACGAAGCACAGUCGUCGGCCGUGCUGCACUCUUUUCCCGCUGCCAAGUGGGUGAAGUUGUCUGAGGUUGUUCGCAGUACCCAGAGGAUCGUGCUGGCCGCGGCGAUGUUCCGAUACAGCUCCGAUGAGAACGAAAACGUCACUUCUCAUGGCACGUCCUUGGGGCCACCCCUGAAAACUUUUCUUUUCCAGCCGGAUGAUGAAAACAACAGGUUUAAACAGUAUGCGAAGCAAGUCGUGGCGGCCCUGUGGCAUGCUGUUCGAAUGUUUCCGAAUAUGAGCCUUCAUGGCCGCAUUGCAAUCCUAGUUCGGGAUCAACACUUCCGGCGUCAGCUUUAUUUGCACUUGCAGCAGGCUCUGAACGAAGACCUCCGUCAUCGUCGCUUGCAGAUACUGUCUUUCGCAGAGUCGUUGCUCCAACUUCCCGAGCGUCUCCUGAAAAGCUCAUCGCAGCAGCACCGAGAAUGCAUUGUAUUGGAUUCUCUGGAAAAUGCCGAUGGCAUAGAACAACUCAUCGUGAUAUGCGUUGGCCUUGAUGAGCCCUUGAAGAAAGUCGGGCAUCAGAACUUCUGCUCGCAGCUCUACAGGGCACUUACGAGGGCACAGCUGCUAGCGAUGGUUGUAAAUGAGCACGUCCAAGGUGGUUUGCUAGAGUUUCUUGGAGCAGUCCGCUUCUCCGACCGCAAGGCAGCGCGGCCCUCGAAUUGCCAGGAGGUCGUCCGAAAGGCUGUGUAUGAGAAGGAAGCGUCGGAGACUGGUACUGCCGAAGCCGAAGCCUCCGAAGCCGCCGAAGCUGCUGCCACGAACAUGCCGGCUGAUGGCUGCCAUGUGGAGACAUUGCCCUCAGGCCCCGACACAACACCCUCGAAAGCGGACGCAGCGCAGCCGAAGCCCCGAAGUUCUGCCACAAGCAAAGCUGCGGAUGCACGGCUGUUGCAGGCACAAGAUUCUGAGGCUCCGCAGAUGACUGAUAUCUGGGAUACUCGUGAUAAUGCAAUUCCACCUGCGACCACCGUGCAGUUCAAUCCGAUGACGCAGGUGUGCGAAAGGUUGUUCCUGACAAUGAACCUGACGGAAGCGGUAGCUCUCCCAGCCUUACACCACGACGACGAGACCUCUUUUCAUGGCCUCAUCCGGCCUCAUGCCGAUGCGUGCUGGAUCAGUAUACCUGAGGAUUUCGAGGCUGCAUGGAAGCCGGUUACAGAGCUGCACCACGACCAAUCCGUGGCAGAUGUCUUAUGCUGUACUCAGGAAAGCGGACUGGGCCAGCAUGUCACAGACCCUGAGAACCCUGGCAAGUGUUACUGCCCUCGGAUAUACGGCGAACGCGACUACCAAAGGUUUGGCUACCUCUGGACAGCGGACGAAGAGACCGCGAAAGGCCGAGCUGCAGAGAUGGCCGCGACGCAAGCUGUGAUUGUACGUUCAGAUGCCACGGACGAAGACAGAGAACGUGCACAGAGGAUGGCCGUAAUGCAAUGGAUGCGAUGUGGCAAGACGGCUUCAUGGGGCUGUGCUUGGUUCGAGAGAUGGCAGUCAAAUGUCUGCAAAGCCGUCUCGAAGAAGCAGCGCCUUUUGGUGGCUUUUCUUCCCGGACAAGUGGGACAGGGCAAAGUGGCCAUGUGCGACCUUCCAACGGCCGACCUUUGGGACGGAAUUGGUUUGACUGCGAAACAGAAGGUGCAAGUUGCAAUCGCGGAAGAGAUGGGCUGGGAGUAUGAAGCAAUUGAUGUUUCUGAUCUCCUAAGGACUGCGUUUCCUGAAGGAUGCCUCGCAGACGGAAUGGAUGAGUCUGGCUGGUGGCGACUAUGCAAACUGGGACAGAUGACUUUUCAGGACGAAAAGUUUUCUUGGGCUGCAACUUCCCUGGACUCACGGCAGGAGUUCAAGGCCAUACGUGUUCAACAUGUAGGACGCGAGAUUCUUUCUCUCAUGGACACUGUUGGUCCUGACUAUGUCUUUGACUUCUUAUGUCGGGGACUCGUGGACACGGAGGUCUUGCAAUGCGAGAAGGCAGUCGCCCCGAGGGGUGGGCAUGCCCUUUGCAUAACCAUCCAGUGCUCCAACUCCCACGCUCUCCAGAAGCUCCGGCAGAAAAUCAUGGAUGGUGAACUGGAGCGAGUCUUGAACACGAGACUCCAAUCCAAAGGCUGGCGCUGGCCGGUUCAAAUAGACAGAACCCGCUUCGCAAAGCUCACUUCGGCGCCCAAAUUCGUCAAUAAGGAUCCCUUCCCUGGCGUGAGCUGGCAGUGGAUGCACCGGACCGGUUGGAGAGACUACCCUCGCGACGUGAUCAUACAGAUCGAGCAAGCUUAUCGUGCCGGGGAGGCCAAAGUCCAUUUUCAAAAUGGAAAGAGGACAGGAUCCGAAGCCUUGGAGAUUUCAUUCGAGGAGAUGCUCCAGCGCGAUCCCCUCAGCCCCGACACCCGGGAAGUGAAGAGGUCAGGAGACUCCCCCGAGUAUGAGAUCGUUGUGGACAAGACCUCCGGUGCGAGGCUGGGCGUGGAUGUGGAACUCGAGGAUGGGCUAACGAUGAAGAUUGCCAGUAUCGGCAAGGGUCUGGUGGAGGAUUGGAAUGAGUACGCAUUCGCCGACGCAAAGGUUCGGGUCAAGGACCGCAUAGUCGAGGUCAAUGGCAUACGUGGCGACACCCACCUGAUGGCACAAGAGAGCAAGAAGAACGAGGCAUGUGUGCCCGAAAAGUUUGACUGUGCUCAGACUGAAGUUCCGAAGGGCGUGGGCGUGGGCGUAGCACCUGUGCCGGAGUUGGGAGGAGCCGCUUCGCGGAACGAAGUGCCGGUGUCAGAUGAAUGGAUGAGUGAGUCGAGAUUGGAGCUUCCAAAACUGCUUUAA